AUGAAGAAAUCUAAUUCAUCUAACUCUUCAUCUGUUUCGAAAUAAAGCCAAAAUAAGUAGUUACACAAUCUUCAAACCAAAGCCACAUUCUUAAGAAAAUUAAAGACUGAAGAUUUUUCUUUAAGGAGGAAAUUGAUGAAUCAAAAUGUAAUUGGGAAAUUCAAAGUCUUGAUUAAAGAAUGUUAAUAGCAUGUAUACAUAUUGUUAGAAGAUCCGCAAAGCUCAAUAUUAGCUAAAGUGAUAUAAAUUAUACUUCUGCUAAGCAUCUUAUUAUCAUGUAUAACAAUAAUAGUUGAUUCUAUCUAUGAAUCAGGCAAUGAAACUUAUGAUUCUGUUAGUUCCACUAUUGAACUGUAUUUGUUCGUGUUUUUUGGUACUGAGUAUCUUUUGCGUUUAUUUUCAACCAGUGCUUUUGAUAGAUCACUCUUGUAAUUUAUCAUAUCUCCAAUGAACUUGAUCGACUUUGUAUCGAUCCUGCCCUUUUUGCUGAGUCUAACACUAACAAGUGGUUCAUUCUCAUAAUUGAGGGUGCUGAGACUGAUCAGAUUUAUUCGGAUAUUUCGUUUGUUCAAAUUGUCUAGAUUCAUGAAAGAAAUUUCAAUGUUAGCAGAUACAGUUAAAAACUCAUUAAAGGAUAUACUAAUGCUGAUUGUGAUGUUAUUGCUAAUGGUGAUCUUUUUUUCUACAAUCAUCUACUAUUUGGAGUAUAAUGAAGACGAAAGCGAUUAAGGAGAGAAUCAAAUUAAAUCUAUCCCAGAUGCCAUUUGGUGGUGUGUAGUUACGAUGACAACAGUUGGUUAUGGGGAUUUGAUACCUCAGACAAUAUAGGGCAAAUUCAUUGCUUGUAUAACUGCAUUAUUAGGAACUACAACAAUAUCAUUGCCUGUGGCCAUCAUGGGUAUCAACUUCUAUAGAACACUCAAGGAAAAUGAUGAAAAUGCGGAGAUUGAUAAAUUGAAAUAGAAGUACUCAAUCUCACAUGAGGCUGCCUCAAAUGAUUAAUUGAAUUUGAGAGAACUGUAAUUUAUGGAGAACCGUUUAGAGCAAUUGUACGAGAAUAAUGAGAAGGUCUUGGACUAUUUGGAGUAAUCAUAAUAAUUGUUUGAUGAGUUGACAGCAGAUUUGAUGAGCUUAUACAAAGCAUUAUCGGAGGAAAUUGAUUUGCAUUUGGAACACAGAAUGAAGAGACUCAAGAUGAAACAAAGAAUUAUGAAGAUUGAAAAGAAUAUAGAAUAGAAAAAAUCAAUAGAGCUUAAUUAAUUAAUACAUUCUUACAGGGAAAAUCAAAGAAAGAUAGCGUUGUCUCCUAUGAUGGACGAAUCUAGAAUAGAGAAUUAUAAAGUGUUGGAAAUACUAAAAGAAGUAGUAGAGUUAGUCAAAUAAAACAUUUGA